AAGUCUGCCAUGUCGUGUCGCGUUCACGGAUCUAAAUAAAUAGAGAAGUGAAACUUCACUUCAUCAGUGAAUUUGGUGUUAUCAAAUUUAUCUUGAGUUUUGUGAUCGUCGUCAGUAAUCACGUUCCUUGUGCUAGUGAAAUUCCUGUCGGAGAAGCCCUACCCGGAACCGGUUGUGCUUGGAAUGCCACUCGGUCAGAGCUGCUCCAAUGCGAAGUAGCAAACAAGCAACGAAUGACAAUGAUUCGUGUUUAGAAAGUGUUGCAUUCGACCUUUAGACCUCCCUUCCAAAAAGGAGCUGAACCAAUCUGCAUCUGACGACGACGGCAAGAACCGUGGCCAGUGCGCGAUCUGUGUAAAGCUGUAAACCAUGUCCUUUAAGGAUCUUGUAGAACCAGAAUGUGGUGGAGCGAAUUCGUUGAUGAACCUGGGCCGCCAGGUGACGCGGGAUGUCGCUUAUCAAGAUGAAGGGUUCGCCGGAGGUCGUUCGGCCUAUAUAGGAUCGGAUGAUGAUCUGGUUAAAGAGUUCAUGGGUCAAAUUGCUCCGGCGCCACAAUCGUUUCGUAUGGAUGUGCUGCUGAAGGAGAUGAGGGAUAUCGACCGGCAAAAUUUUCACCAGCGUCAGAUUGUACCUGGACCUCCGGUAAUCGAGGAAGUAAAUCGGUCGGACUUGAAUUGGGAGAGAGAAUUCGCAAUCGAUUCGUCGAUUGCAGCUGGAUCUAACCAUCCCGGUCAUCGCGCGGAGAGUAAACUUACCAGUAUUUGGUCAAACUCUCAGUUAGAUCCGAUCGAGGGAACAAUCAGUGCCGGACCAAGUCAUAUUUUAUAUACAAAGGAUUUUUUCGACCUGAAUGAACCGAAGAGUGAAGAGGAGCAACAGUCGAUUCGUCAAGCGGCAGGAGAAUUAGUUGAUGUCACAUACCGUACUGAUACGGAGAAGCUGAAUUAUAGUGAGUUUCUACAGUUUAUCAACAAUGUAGGUGAUGGCAGCAUUAAGAUCAACGACGGCCAGGUCACCGGGGGAAACGUCUGGGCGAAUGAGUUCGAUCAACUGGCAGCAGGACCGUCGAAAGCGGCGACCAAGGAAGAAUCAAAUAUCGCCGAAGAUUGGGCCAAGGCGUUCGAAGACGAUAAGAAGCGGGAACAGGAAGCAACCGAAAAUUACAACAAGCAAUUUUGGGAACGCUUGCAGGACGAAUGGCGUUCGAUUUCGGAGAAUGAUAACCAGCAUCCGUGGUUAUCGGAUUUCUCUGAGUUCUACGAUCCAUUCAAGGAGUACAAAUUUGAUGAGGAAAACCCUAUGACUAACGUAGAGAACGCUUUCGAGAAAGGCAAAACUUUUCUUGUUCAGGGUGAUAUCCCAAGUGCGGUUUUAUGUUUCGAAGCAGCAGUUAAGCAGGAUCCGGAGAAUCCGGAAAUCUGGGAGCUUCUGGGAUUCAGUCAGGCAGAGAAUGAAAAAGAUCCAAACGCAAUCGCUGCCUUGAACAAGGCACUAUCAUUCAAUCAGAACAACAUGCCGGUGUUGAUGGCAUUGGCGGUAUCUUACACAAAUGAAAGCAUGCAAAACCAAGCAUUGAAAAUGUUGGUAAAAUGGAUGAAGUGCAACCAGAAAUAUGAAGCAUUGGUACCACCUGAAAUGAUACAACCACAGGAAUCAUUUUUGGCUAGCUCAUUGAUGGGUGGACCGAGUCUGCAGGAUGUCCAGGAUUUGUUCAUCAAAGCAGUACAAACGUCACCGAACGAGAUUGAUGCUGAUAUACAGGAAGCGUUGGGGGUACUCUUCAAUUUGAGCUCGGAAUACGAUAAGGCAGUGGAUUGCUUUCGUGCGGCUGCACAGGUUCGUCCGGACAGUGCGAAAAUCUGGAAUCGUUUGGGUGCCAGUUUGGCUAAUGGAAAUCGCUCCGUUGAGGCAGUAGAAGCCUAUCAACGGGCAUUGGAAAUACAGCCCGGUUUUAUCAGAGCACGCUACAACGUGGGAAUAAUCUGUAUCAACUUGAAGGCUUACAAGGAAGGAGCAGAGCACCUGCUAACUGCGCUAAAUCAUCAAGCAUCCUCAAUUGCCAGGGCAGGAAUAAAUGUGUCCUCUCCUGCCAACCAGAUGUCUAGUGCAAUCUGGAUUACAUUGCGGAUGGUCAUGUCGCUGAUGGGGCGUCAGGAUUUACAGCAAGCGAUUGAUAACCGCGAUUUGGAGGUGCUGAAUCGCGAGUUCCCAAUGAGUAAUGAUUAAAUUGGGCCUGUUUUUAUAUAGUGGAAGGACGGGAGUGGUUUUUUUUUAUAAUUUUUUAACAUAUGGAGUAGUAAAGGUUCGGACCUUGUAAAAAUGAAAGGGAGAAGUAAAAUUGAGUAAAAAGUUUAUAUUCAAUCCAGUUAGUUUCCGACGAGCAAUAUCAAAAACAAAAUUUAACAGAGCUAAAUACUUUGGAAAGAAUGACACAUUAUUCUUUAGUUUCGUAUAACACGCUGGUUUUGAUAAAUGGUUAAUAAACAUGAGUACAAGAAGAGA